CAUGCAAUCCUGCGACUGACCGAUACCAGCGGUACCCUGCACCAACAAGUCCUCGUCGCAAUAGGGGAACCCUAGAAUGUCGACGCUCGGUCUUUCUGUCUCAACACCAUUCUAGACGUACACGAUAGGAGUUUCGACAGUGUCCCUCUUUUGUCCAUUGCUCCGCCACCGCCCGACCUGCGCUUCCCCACCAUGGCGCAGUCCUCAACCCGCAGUCGGCCUCGUCGCGGCCCUCGAGUCCAGUAUCCGAAUGACGAUAGCGAUACCGAUGACCUACAUGAGUUCACCACCAACCCUCGACCUAACCGGGCUGCCCGUCGAAUACAGACAUACAGAGAAUCAAGUGACGACGAUAGCGAUGAUAUCUCAGAUCCCUUGUCCGGUGAAUCAGACUCUCAGUCCACCUCCACCCACUCGAGUGUUCGACCUCAAAGAACUACGAGAUCACAGCCACAUUCGCAGAAGCCGACAUGGCUACCAAAGAGGAAAUCAGGACCUGCACCAACACCCAGGCGGCAGCGCUUGCUCAACCCGAGCAAACGACAAAAAACUUCGUCUUCCAACCAGACUGGGAGCCAAAUGAAUGCGAAGCACUUAUUCAAAACCUACAAACAACAGAAGCCUUCGCUUUCCAACAACAACCGGAACAAAAUGAACACGAAGCUCUCUAAUGAUAUAUCAUUUUUAUCCGACAACAUGCGGAUUCCCCCGUGGCAGCAACUGCCGUACCUUGUUCUCGUGAACAUUAUGCAAUAUGCUGCAUAUCCACUCUACGGUCCGACGUCGCGAGCGCAGCCUUCGAUCAACUGGCUGUGUGCAACAGGGACCUUGUGUCGCUCCUUUCGCGAAGCCUGCACAGCAGCUUUGCUUUACAGCCCUCCUCUGUACCCACCAUGGCGAGCCCACAGUCUCAUCAAUCUGCUCGAGCAAGCUCCUGAGUCACUUUCAACUGAUUACCGGAGAAAGAUCCAUUUCCUCGACAUUGAAGUCAAACAACUUCUCGUUAAGAAGAGUGGUAUCUCAAUGGAUAGGUUGAUUUCUAUGACUCCUCUGUUGCAAGGGCUGAGACUCUAUUCCAACUACGAUGACCUCACAACUGUAAUAUGGGCACAACCGACAGCGAAGAAAUUCAAGUGGAGUUACCCGACAGAGCUCUUCGAACGUUUGGAGGCUGAUCAUCUCUUCAUGAGAAGCUUUGAGUGGAAUGGAAGGUUUCCGAAUACAGCCGACGUCCUCAGGAUAGCCGUGGAUGCUCAAUGCAGACCCUCUUUCAGCCGCUUGCGCGACCUAACGUUUCUUAACCUGAGUCUGCCCGAAAAGGCCAAGGAACCAGACAUCACCGAGGCGCGCAGCUUACUGAUCGGAGUGUUAAGCAGUGUCCCUGAAUUGCAGUCCCUGUCAUUUCGAAAUUGCGGCAUCGUUGACGAGAUUACUAUGCCAAUGCUUCCGCCUGGACUCCUACACUUGGAACUGACGAAUUGCCCCCGUCUUACCUCCGACGCUUUGGAGGGCUAUUUGACCGGCGGCUCCAGCCUCCGGGUCCUCAAACUUGAUGGCAAUCAGUCGAUGGAUUUGGGUUUCAUGGCCAACCUUCAAUCUCUGUGCCCUCACUUGCAACACCUAGAGAUCGAUAUGCUCUAUAUAGAUCCGACUUCCUUCCGCGACCGCGAACCCCUCUACGAUGAGCUACUACCUAAUGGACCUCCUACUUGGCCCACCUACCUUGCUAGCAUCUCGAUCGAAAAUAUGCGUCAAUUGACACAAGAAGCCGCAGAAGAAUUUCUCGCGUCGCUGGUUGAUUCUUCUGAGCAUCUGCCGCAACUAAGGAGACUCAACAUUAAGGCGAUCUUGAAAGAUGCCAGCUGGCGCGACCGGGCGAAGUUCAGACAGAGAUGGCUGCCAAAGCUAGAGAAUGUCUUUCUCAACACUGAAGAACCUUCCAAUGUCAGGAGCAAGUUGUCAAAGAAGAUACCUUCUGCAUCGCAGCGACAGAGCUCUCGGAUCGCAAACGGUCACCUCAAGAAGCUCAGCCUCAGCGAUACCACUGAUGAGAGCGACACGCCAGCUCCGAGUGCUAUUCAAGGCAGAUGUGACGUGGUAAACCUCGUGAUCUCGGACCAACGACCUGCCGAAACACAGUAUCACGAAAACGACUUCCUUGAUAGUGAACCGAGUGAUGACGGAGAGUGGAGGCAAGGAAACAGCCAGCAGGUUUCGACUGAAUACGCGUGGUAGUUGUACAGUUUGUCUGGAUGUUUGGAGCACAUCUUGUUGGGUGAUCAAGUUUCAUGACUGGUGACGAGUGUUGAUGUGUAAAGGCUUCUACGGUUGCAGAUAGAUUACUGCUCUUGAAAAGGAUUGGGACCGUGCUUGGGUCCCACAUGUAACAGACAUGGAAUAAAUGUGAGGGAUCGGAUUUGAUCCCAGGAGAAAAGAAUAAGAGAACUUAUGACAUCAAAAGCGACUAUAUCUGUAGGAUUUGAUUUUCUCCCAAUGCUCGUGUUAGGUAGGUGUUGAGAGAAGACCACUUUC